AUGGCUUCGGAAUCACCUCAGUUGGAGAAGACGCCGCCUCUGCAUGGCUCUGGCGAUCAGUCGGCCACUUCAACUGCCGAAUCGGCCAAAAGGAAAGCGGAACAAGCCAACGGAAUGCAAAUGCGCACAAAGCGGAAUCGCUACAUCUCUAUCGCAUGGUAUGAUAAUGACCUGAUCCCUCCCCAGCUACCAUGUAUCGGUAUUUUCACUCGUCAGAUCUGCAGUCGAUAUGCUCCGAAUUGCUGCAACAACAACUUCAAAGACUCCGACGAGUUUCGUUCCAUGAGCUCACAGUUGGCCACUCUUCAAGAUCAAGUCAAUAGUCUUUCCAACAGUUUCAGAGACCUUCAAGCUCAAAAAUCUACGUAUGAGUCCCCACCUUUUGAGAUCCCUCGCGAUGGAUCCCAGUCAGUCUUUACCCCGGUGCCAAGUGGCAUCUCAAAAACGCGUGCCCGACAUCCACGUUUCCAUGGCCCAACAAGCUCUGCCUUCAACUUCGAUGUCGCCAAAUCAAGCCUCCAGAGUAUGGGCAUUGCGGAAGAUGGAAUACCGGACGAAUUGACAACUGCACACGUCACCCCAGCGGGUUCCCCGCCUUCCCAUCUCGUCCCGCUCAUACCGACUAUCCAUCCUACCAAGGAUCCGAUUUGGAGUAUUCAACGCGAAGAGGCUUUACGCCUUUGUAAAGUAUAUGAAGAGGAAAUUGGCAUUAUGUAUCCUAUAGUGGAUAUCUCAACAGUCACCAGCCAAGCUAACCUGCUCUACACGUUCAUGGAAGCUGCUACGCGGACCGGUUUUGCACAGCGCGCUUUUCCCGGUGCUGAUGGCCUUUCGGACGAUAAUUCUGUUCUUCUGAAACUAAUUCUCGCAACUACGCUGGUCGUAGAAGGGGGCGGUCAAAGUGACCUCGGUCAGCGCCUCUUUCUGACUGUCAAGCCUGUCAUUGAGUCGAAGCUGUGGGAGCCUCAUGACAUCAAGAACAUUCAAUUAUUUACUAUUGUGGCUACCUACCAUUUCCAUACUGAUGAUGAUGCUAUGGCUUACCGACUGAUUGGCUUUGCUGCACGCAUGUGUCUCGAAUUGGGGUUGCACCGCCGAGAUGCCUUGAUGAAAUCAUUCCCACUCGAAGACCAGUGGAAUGAGAUUUGUCGCAUUUUCUGGACAGUCUAUAGUUUGGAUCGAAGAUGGAGCUUAGGCACUGGUUUGCCUUUUGUGAUCCAGGACGAGGAUAUCGAUCCUAACUUGCCUGAGCCGGAUGCAUCAUUGCCAUAUUUGCGAUGCAUGAUCUCAUACAACCGGAUCAGUUCAAAAAUAUGGUAUUCUGGCCUUGGCUCCGAAGGCACAACCGAUAUUCGACGAGAGGAAAUUGGCUACCUAGAUUAUCAAGUCCUGCAGUGGUAUAAGCAGAUCCCGGAAGAGCUCAAGUUUUAUCCCGUGGAAUCCCCCAAGAAUGGCGAGUCUGCAAGCCGAGGCAUGAGGCGUCUGAGGAUCUUGCUUUACCUGCGUAUGAACCAGCUGCGUAUUCUCAUAUACCGGCCCGUGCUUCAUUCUGCUGCGAGUAUCGCCGAAGAUUGCGGUCAUGCACAGACAGUGGUGGACGUAGCCAAGGACACGGUGCGAGUUCUCACUCGCCUGAACCAGAUGUCCGAUAUCUACCGCACACAACAGAUCACUUUUAACUAUUUCCUUGUCGCUGCCUUGGCUGUUCUUUUCCUUGCGGUGUGUCAUGCCCCGUCUGAUUUCAAUCGCCAGGUUCGAGAUGAAUUUUACAUGGCACUGGACUUGGUCAAUGGGUUUAGCACCAAGUCCUUCGUGUCGAAGAGACUGUGGAAAACCAUCAAGGGACUCCGAAAACUUGGAGAAAAACUCGGUGUCUUUGCGCGGAAUUUUGGCACAGAUUCGAAUGAUCCUCACUCUACAGCUGCAGUGGCCAUGGCAGGCCUCGCAGGACACCCGAUGGAAGACAUCUCUUUGUAUGGGCAAACGAACGGAUUCAAUGAAUUAGGGAACAGCCCUAUGAAUGGCUUACAGAUGAGCCAUGAGCUCACGAAUCUUUUCGAAGCUGUUGGGUCUUUCAGUGGCUUCAUGCCUAGCACCACUGGUCCCGAUGGCAUUAAUGGCUUCGUUGGCACAGAUGGGGAGAUCCAUAAUACGGGAGAGGGUCUUUCUGGAGUCUUGGGUGGUGAGGAGGAGUUUUCUCGCGUAAUUCGCGAUCUGUUCUAG